AUGGAGAAGUCCAAAAACUUUCGCAUUGACGCGCUUUUAGCAGUCGAUACACCCAAGGUGCAGACCUCGCCGCUGGCGCUGGUGACUUCUCUGUCCUCCUCCACCUCCUCCUCAUCCUCUUCCUCCAUCCCGUCGUCCGGGAGUGUGACGGCGCCGGAGCUGAGCGCCAGCGCCGAGUCGUUACGCACAGAGACGCCGUCUCCGCCGCGGAUCUCCACCUGCGGCCUGAUUCCUAAACCGGGGUUCCUGAACGGCCCGCACAGCAUGGUUGGAUUACAUCCGCAGAGCACCGCGGGGAUCCCCGCUCAGGCUCUCUACGGCCACCCCAUGUACACAUACUCCGCUGCUGCACUCACGGGCCAACACCCUGCCCUGUCCUACUCCUAUCCGCACGGCUCCCAUCACCACCACGCCAACGAUCCCAUCAAGCUGACAGCCAGCACCUUCCAGCUGGACCACUGGCUCCGGGUCUCCACGGCCGGGAUGAUGCUCCCCAAAAUGUCUGACUUCAACUCUCAGGCGCAGUCCAACUUGCUUGGGAAGUGCAGAAGACCCAGGACCGCAUUCACAAGUCAGCAGCUGCUGGAGCUGGAGCAUCAGUUCAAGCUGAAUAAGUAUCUGUCGCGGCCGAAGCGCUUUGAGGUGGCCACGUCCCUCAUGCUGACAGAGACUCAGGUUAAAAUCUGGUUCCAAAACAGACGCAUGAAGUGGAAGAGGAGUAAGAAGGCCAAAGAGCAGGCCGCCCAGGAGGCCGAGAAGCAGAAAGGCACCAAGAGCGGCCAGGAGAAAUCAGACGGACUCGAACAGUCGGAUUAUCACAGCAAGACGGACUCAAAAAACGGCAGAAUAAGAGACUUCAGGGACAGUGACGACGACGAGGGCGACAAUUUCCUGUACAACUCCUCAGACUGCUCCUCGGACGACGAGAGGAAUCACAACAGUGACAUAAGUCCGCAGCCUUGA